AUGGCUUUCCUGGAACCACUCCUUUCUCUUCUCAGCGGCUUCUUCACGUAUUCCCCAGUCUCAGAGCCGGUCUCUGACAUCAUCGAAAUAGUGAAGAUGUGCACCUGCGAGGCUUUCAAAUUUCGGUCGUGCCCAUACGGGCACGACAAGUUCGAAAACGAGAGCAUUUGCCUCGCCACGAGGCUAGGAUGGAAAGAGUGUCCUUACCAGGUCAUAACCAACGGGUCUAAGGAAAGGUCUAAGGGCUGGCCCGUGAUCGACGGUAUCUGCUCCGUGUGUUUUCCCGAGGAAGCGGCUGCGGAAGAAAAGGAGAAGAAGGCAGCAGCCGAGGCGGAGAAGAAGGCUCAGCUAAAGGCCGCGGAGGGCCAGGUCGCAGACCUUGCUUCUACACUGGAUCAAUUUGCUGCCGAGCUGUCUUGA